UUUAGACAACUGGUAUACUGUACAAUUGCAAGUCAUUUGAACGAUGGUGUCUCCAAGAGCCCUUGCUGGCGUGUCAUUUAUCAUUCGUCUAUUUAUUUUGUGUCUGGCGAUAGUGGCAAUGAUUCUAAUCCUCGUUGCCCCCGGCGCAUGCUUUUCUCGGUAUCUCAAUGGUCAACCGAUAAGCAGAGAGAUAUGCCCAGGUCAAAACAGUAUCUUCCCGAUGAACGCUGAUCGAUGGAGCAAUGCAUUGCAUUUCCAAGGAAGAGGAGAAAACGUUUAUGGACAAGUGGCUCUGAUCGUCAUCACACUUUUUCUCGCAUUAGUUACUGUAGGGAUGAGCUGUGUGCACUUGGCCAUCGGUCACAACCUGACAUACGCGCAAUUAUUCACGUCUGGGCUAGCUUUGAUAGCAUUUCUCGUCUGUGGAGGGGUGGAGACAUGGUACGCAACAGGAUUCGAUCACAUGUCAUUCUUCAUCAUGGCUAUUGGUAAUGGUGUGGUCUCUGGCUGCGCUGGAUUACCUGGCUGUCAAAUUCAAUUCGUCGUCAAGGGCUGGGCCGUUGCUGCGGCAUUUUACUUUUUGGGCGGAUUGCUCUACCUGAUCGAUAUGGGAUUAGUGUUUGCUAAGAAAGACAAAUUUGUUGCUGACACCUACCCUGUCUCACGACCACAGCACUAUUAACUAAAAUACGACCUGUCACACAGGAUGUCGUCAUGACCGGCACGCGACGAUUGGUGCUUGGUCGAUAACGUGUGUGUCUGAAAGCGAUCCUCUAUCCUUAUGAUCUACAACUUACUUUAUACAUUUCCUUUUCCAUAACAUUGUUUAGCUUGUGUUCUUGAAGCAUGAGCAACUCGACGUUAUUCUGCUUUAGCUGCUUAGUGCUGUGGUUGCUUAGCAUCAUUUCUCUUUAUUUUGGUAGCCCAUAGUUUUAUAUUUGCUAUUUUUGCAAACGUCGUAUUCGAGACGCAAGACACAGGGCCUUUCCCGGAUGAAUUUAAAUCGCUCAACCUCCGCAUUAUUAUUGUGUACACAUUUGUAUGUUGUUUGAAAUUGCAGUACUGAUUUAUGGUACAAUAAAGUUUAUUCGCA